ACUAUGUCUAUUCAGUUGACCUUUGAAAUAUUAAUCAGCUCUGAAAACAUUAAACACAAUUUACUCCAAGUCCAGAACCAGCAUCCGAAAGUGACUUUAAGAAAUUCAAAAAUAUGAAUUCCGAUACUUCGUUGAAGGCUGAGGAGUCCAGCCAGAUAUUUGUGGAUCUGAAGAACCUAUUGUUGUGGCGCAAUUGCCGAAAGACUUUGAUAGUCUUUACGGGCAUCCUGCUCCUCCUGCUGGAUGUAAUGGUCCACUCGGUGAUCAGUGUAAUAAGCAUGGCAGGGAUCACUGUUCUCCUGGCAGCAAUUGUUUAUCGCCUUCUGGUGCAGUUCUGGAGGAUCUGGAAGAAGGAUGGGAACAAAGAUCUUAUCUCACGUUUCUAUCCUCAAGUGAAGAUAGACAUUCCCCGGGAGGAGACUCUUUAUCUGGCCGGGAAAGCAGUUUUCCAUCUGAAUUCAAUUUUAAACCGUAUGAUUGAACUGUUGCUGGUGGAAAAGUGGGAGGAUUCCCUGAAGUUCCUAGUUUUACUCUGCGGCAUUAAUUUGCUGGGAGAUUGUUUCAACGGAUUGACUUUGCUUCUAUUUGGACACGUGUUUAUUUUUACCCUACCAAAACUGUACGAGUCGUAUAAGCCACUGGUUGAUGUCCAGAUCCGGAAAUUGCGUAGUUGCAAGAAGGAUCCAUCGAAUAUAGUCGAAACUAAAGCUGAAAAAUCGGAUUGUAUUCAGAAAGAAUAUCCAUCGAAGCCACCAUAUGAGGGUCAGGAAUCCAAGGAAGGCAAAAUGCUAUAUAAGGUAUGCGAUAAUGAGCAACUUCUAAGUCUCCUGGAGGAGGAGCACCGCAAAGGAUGUCGUUGUCGUGAUUGCGAGCACCGGGAUUUGCCUAUUGAGGCACACUGAACUAUGUUCAUUGGAAAAUGAACAAAACCUUCUUUGAUGUUAUUGUUCAUCGUGGAAAUAUAUAUUAUUCUAUAUUUUCCUUCUA